AUGGCGCCGAUGUUCUCUCUUGACAGCCAUAUACCUGGCCAAAGAGAGCUAACUGCAUCCCGUCGCCUUGAACAGACUCCGGAGUCGACUUCGGAAUACCUCAUUCAUAACAUUCCUCAGGAAAAAGCUCGUAGGACGAUCGCCACUCUCCAACAACAUCAAUAUCAGCUUCUGCAAAGCCAGCUUGACAACACAAACCGAUUCGUUACAACGGCGCCUAAGCCCCUUAAGAGAGGAGUAAAUUCCUUCAUGACCUUUCGAGGUAAGUAUACAUAUCUAACUAUGGUCAGAUACUGACUGUAUGUAGCCUUCUAUUCACGGAUGUUCGCAGCCUUUCAGCAAAAAAAAUCAUCAACGCUCAUCAAACUGCUUUGGGACGAAGACCCAUUUCGUGCGAAAUGGUCUAUAUUGGCCCGCGCUUACACCAGCAUCCGCGAUCAUGUUGGGAAGGAAAACGCACCGAUAGGAGUCUUCUUGGAAACAGUCUACCCGCAGAUUGGGAUCAUUGGUGUUGACGUGUACCUAACAAAGAUGAAUUGGGUUAUCGGGCGCGCCGAGGAUGGCUCGAUCUCUUUGCAUCAACAUUCUUGUCCGGAUUUCGAUACAUUUUCCGCCCACAUUAUGAACACUCCUAUGACCGAAAAGGACGUCACCUACUACUGCGCAUUCAAGGGAUAUAUUACACCCCAGACGAGUUUUCAAAUAGCAGGGCCAAUAUUACAAGGGGGAAGUAGCACGACCACAACACCGCAGCAAGGACUUCUCGCUACGGCUCCCGUUAUCAGUUUUAAUCCUCCCACACCCCCCACGAAAUAUGUCCAAAACGCAAGAGAAAUCCCAGCAUUAGCUGCUGCAAGCCUUUUUUCGUUUGAUUUCGAAUCGACCGCCAGUGUCACCCCUCUACGCGAGGAUUACGAGUGGGGGAGCAACAGCUUUGAGCUUUAUCGCCCAAAUGAAGGGAUUUUCGACUUUGAAUCUCAAUUUACACAACCAAACAAUAGCGCCUGGGACACUUUCAGCAUUGAAAAUCCCCAAGAACUGCAUGAUUUCCUCGAGAACGGAGGGUUGCAUGACGAGUACUUCUCCCCUGGUGGUUAGUAAUCCACUGCGUUUCCGUCGAACGAUAUUGGGCUAACAGAAAUCCAUAGUCCUUGAACGAUCGGAGAACGCAAACACAUAG